AACUCCGAGAAAUGAACAUUAACAACUGCGGCUUCAUCGAUCCGCAGGCUCAGCUGAGCGCAGCCUUGGCCAAUAAAGACAUCGCUCAGUUCCAGAUCGCUUUGCACAAUGGUGCUGAUCCCGAUAGGCUGGACGAGCGCCACACAAGCAUCUACGAGAAGGCACUAUCCACACCGGGCUGUCGGGAUUUCAUAGAGGCCUGCAUCCAGCACGGCAGUAAGGUCACCUAUAUCAACAAGAAACUAAACAAGGCCGCCAUCAACUAUGCUGCCGAUUCAAGGGAUCCCGGCAAUCUGGAGGCACUGCUGGAACACCGGCCGGAAAAAGAGUUUCAGAUGGAUAGAAAGUACGGCCAGCUCACGCCACUCAACUCGCUGGCCAAGAAUCUCACGCAGGAGAAUGCAUCGGCGGUGCUAGCCUGCAUGAGGCUGCUUCUAAGCAGCGGAGCCUCGCCAAAUAUAGUCGAUCAAGGCGAUUUCACGCCGCUGCACCAUGUGCUGAGGAACAGAAAGGUGACAGAGGCCCAGAAGCAGGAGCUGGUGAAGCUCUUUGUGGCCCAGCCAGACCUGGACAUUGAUAGCUUUCGUGAUGGCGAAGUGCGUCGACUGCUGCAGGCCCAGUUCCCGGAAGUGCAACUGAAGCAAGAGCGACAGACUGAUGCUGUGAUCGAUGCACAAACGCUUCACAGGACUCUGCGGGAUGGAGACGACAGCAGGUUUGAGCAGCAGCUGGCCAUGUUUGUGCAGGGUGUGGAGGACAACCAAGAGAAUGCCCGCAAGGAGGAGUGCUACAGCCUGCUGCAGGAGAGCAUCAAGCGAGGCAAUCAAAAUGCAUUCGAAGCCAUCCUCGCCACUGGCAUGGACAUCAGCAAGGAGCCCGUCAAGACCAACGAGGCCAGUCUCGUCGAGUUGGCCGUCAUCUGGGGCAACUGGCAGGCCCUAAAACGACUGCUCGACGAUCCAAACCUGCGGCUGAGCCCCACCGCCAGGCUAUUUAAUGCGGUCAUUGGUCGUUUGGACGAAGCUCCGUAUGAUAACUUCGACCAUUCGCGCUGUUUCGAGAUCCUCCUGAACAGUGAUCGCGUGGACGUCAACGAGGCGGAUACGGGACGUCAGGUGCCACUGUUCUACGCGGUUAAAUACCGCAACACGCCAGCCAUACAGAAACUGCUUAAGCAUGGCGCCUACAUGGGCGCCAAAAGCGCCUUUGGCACAUUGCCCAUCCAGGACAUACCGCCGGAGGUGCUCGAGGAGCACUUGGACUCCUGCAUUACGACAAACGGGGAGAAGUCCGGUGAGCGGAAUUUCGAGAUCAACUUUGACUUUAAGAAUCUGAUGCGGCAGGAGAAAGAUUUGGAAGUCACCAGUCAAUUCCACGACGAAAUGGCCCCCAUUGCCUUCAUGGCCGAAUCAAAGGAACUGCGACACCUGCUGCAGCAUCCGCUGAUCUCGAGCUUCCUCUUCCUCAAGUGGCACCGACUCUCCGUGAUCUUCUACCUCAACUUCCUGUUCUACUCGGUGUUCGCCGCCGCCAUCAUCACUCUAACGCUCCUCAAGUUUCACGAAAGUGAUCAGCGUCUUCUCACCACCCUGUUCGGAGUUCUCUCCUGGCUGGGAAUUGCCUACCUCAUUGUGCGGGAGGUCAUUCAGGGGCUAAUGUCGGGGGCUCGGUACUUCUGCUCCAUAAUUAACAUAAUGGAGCUCGUGCUGAUAGUACUAUGCAUAUGCACCUGCGUUGCAGACGAUUUCGACAAGGAGACACAACGCAUUUUGGCCGUCUCAACCAUCCUGCUGGUCGCCAUGGAGUUCUGCCUGCUGGUGGGCUCCCUGCCAGUGCUGGCCAUUUCGACGCACAUGCUCAUGCUGCGGGAGGUGGCCGGCAGCUUUGUGAAGAGCUUUGCCCUCUACUCGAUAUUCGUGCUGACCUUCAGUCUGUGCUUCUACAUACUCUUCAGCCAGCCGGUGGUUGAGGCUGGUGCCAAGCCCAGUGAGGAACCUGCGCAGGACGAAGAGGAGGACGGUGGCGACUUCAACAAGUUCACCAAGCCAAUCGAGACGCUGAUCAAGACCAUUGUGAUGCUGACGGGCGAGUUUGAUGCCGGAUCCAUAAAGUUUACCAGCAUCUACACCUACCUGUUCUUCCUGCUGUUCGUGUUCUUCAUGACCAUUGUGCUGUUCAACCUGCUGAACGGUCUAGCCGUGAGCGAUACUCAGGCUAUCAGGGCGCAGGCGGAGUUGAACGGGGCCAUUUGCCGGACCAAUGUGCUGAGUCGAUAUGAAAUGGUAUUGACUGGCCACGGAUAUGCUCCCUGCCUGAUGAGCAACCCUCUGCGGAAAGUGUCCCAGCGCUUGAUGAACAUCUACCCCAACUAUUUGAGUCUGCGACAGAUCGCCGUGCUGCCAAACGAUGGCAACAAGGUGCUCAUACCCAUGAGCGAUCCCUUCGAGAUGAAGACCCUGAACAGCGAUGAGCAGAAGGCCAGCUUUCAGCCACUGCCCACCAGGAGUGCGACAGCAGAGCACCAGAAGAAGCUGCUGGACCCGCCGCUGAGGGACCUGCCCUGUUGCUGCUGCUGCAUAUCCAGCGGAAAGUGCUCCCAGAUGGACGGCCGGACGGUCAAGAUGGCCUUGGCGGUGAUGGACCAGAAGAACGUUGCGGAGCAGAGGCGAAAGCAGGAGCAGGUCAUCGACAAACGGAAGAAGGACAUCGACGACAAGUUGGAGCUGAUCCUACGGCUGCUGCAGGACCGUAGGUGAUGGAGUGUAGUGUAAGGGACAUUGAACCAUCAGUUCUGUUCUACGAAAGAAAAAAAGUGUGUUUAUGUUAGCUACGAAAAUAAAACCCCUGCAUUAGGCUAAUCCACUAAA